AGACUUGACAUCGUGAUUAUAUAUGGUUCUUGCUGCUGGUCGAAUUAAUAAGGAUAUCAUCAUCUGCGCUGCAGAUAGUACACCACUAAGGACUGGCCAGAGUAAUGGAGGACGACUCGAGCCUGUUUAUGCAGUGGGCGAUGGACACGCUGCAGCACGAGCGACCGAUGGCCGCCGUCGUCAACGACGACUGCGGCAGCGAGGCGACCUUGUUCCCGUCGCUCCGGGCGCUCCGGGAGGCCUCGCACGCGGCCGAAAUGGUCCAGGAGCUGAUCGCGGCGGCCCCGGCGAGCAGCUGGAGCUCCGGCUCCGGCGACACCACCGAAGGCAGCAGCGGAGGCAACAACUCGGCCGGCGGCGCGGCCAUGGAUCACGACGCCUGGCCUCCGACGCCCAACUCGGCCAGCAGGCGCGCCGCCCCGAGCAGAAGCAGCGGCGGCACCAACCCUCCGGUGAGCUGGAACUUCGGCGCCGCCUCGGCGCUGCCAGGCAGCGACGGCGUGCUGGCGGAGGCCGCCCGCACGCGCCGCCUGCCGGAGAUAGUGUGCGUGUCACCGCUGACGAGGAGAACCGGCGUAAAGGGCACCGGAUCCAUGUCCGCGCCGUACGCUCAGGACCACAUCAUCGCGGAGCGGAAGCGGCGGGAGAAGAUCAACCAACGCUUCAUCGAGCUCUCCACCGUGAUCCCCGGCCUCAAGAAGAUGGACAAGGCGACGAUCCUCUCUGACGCGACCAAGUACGUGAAGGAGCUCCAAGAAAAGCUCAAAGACCUGGAGGCUGGCGGCAGCAACGGCCACAGGAGCAUCGAGACCGUGGUGGUCGUCAAGAGGCCAUGCCUCCAUGCUCCAGCAGUGCCCGACGACGAUGGCUCCCCGCUGUCAGCGUCAUCAGGCACGCCGGCGGAGAGGAAACAGCUGCCGGAGAUCGAGGCCCGGUUCUCGGAGAAGAGCGUGAUGGUGAGGAUCACCUGCGAGAACGGCAAGGGGGUGGCCGUGAAGGUGCUCACCGAGGUCGAGGAGCUCCGCCUCAGUAUCAUCCACGCCAAUGUCAUGCCAUUCCCGGCGGGCACGCUGAUCAUAACCAUCACAGCAAAGGUGGAGGAGGGGUUCACCGUAACUGCAGAGGAGAUCGUUGGCAGACUCAAUUCUGCGCUACUGAUGAGGAAACAGAAAACUAGUUAAAGACUUGAGCCUGCAUAUACAUAAAUAUCUACGGCUCUGCGAAAAGUAUAGUCCGAUGGCAAAAAGUAUAUGUAUAUGAUAUGCUUGCUGAGUGUUUCUCUGUUUUUUUUUUGUAAAAAUUUACGGCUUGAGCUUAUUCUUUUUCCAUUGGCGCGAUGUCCCUUCACGUAGCGUGCAUGCGACAGAGACGAGGAUUUCUGCACCACAUAUGUUUGCAGUUUGGCGCCACGUAUGCAUCAACAUCCAUGCAGGUGGGUCAGAUUGGUCGCUUCAAUUCAGAAGAAAUAAGGUGGGCAUAUGUACCAGCAAGUGCUUUACAAGUUGUCAAGUUGAUUUGAACCAAGCUUAGCUCAAUGCUGUGUGUACGUGUGUGUAUAUAUAUGUGCGCGCUACUAUCACUGUUCA